AUGGCCGGAACAGCACCUGAAGGUUCUCAAUUUGAUGCUAAACAAUUUGAUGCAAAAAUGAAUGAGCUUCUUGGAACCGAUGGAGAGGAGUUUUUCACUAGCUAUGAUGAGGUGUACGAUAGUUUUGAUGCUAUGGGUCUGCAGGAAAAUCUUCUGAGGGGCAUCUACGCCUAUGGUUUCGAAAAACCUUCGGCCAUCCAGCAAAGAGGUAUUGUCCCAUUCUGCAAGGGUCUUGAUGUCAUUCAGCAAGCUCAGUCUGGAACUGGGAAAACAGCAACUUUCUGCUCCGGUAUUCUUCAGCAGCUGGACUACAAUGUGGUGGAGUGCCAGGCUCUGGUCCUUGCACCCACUCGCGAGCUUGCCCAGCAAAUCGAGAAGGUCAUGCGUGCUCUCGGUGAUUAUCUUGGUGUCAAGGUUCAUGCUUGUGUUGGGGGCACCAGCGUGCGUGAGGACCAGCGGAUCCUCUCCAGUGGGGUACACGUUGUGGUUGGCACCCCGGGUCGUGUAUUUGACAUGCUGAGAAGGCAGUCCCUGCGCCCUGAUUACAUCAAGAUGUUUGUUCUGGAUGAAGCCGAUGAAAUGCUCUCCAGAGGGUUCAAGGAUCAGAUUUACGACAUCUUCCAGCUGCUGCCCCCGAAGAUCCAGGUAGGCGUGUUCUCCGCCACCAUGCCCCCAGAAGCUCUCGAGAUAACCCGCAAGUUCAUGAACAAGCCCGUACGCAUCCUUGUCAAGCGUGACGAGCUCACCCUCGAGGGUAUCAAGCAGUUUUACGUGAACGUCGAGAAAGAGGAAUGGAAGCUCGAGACCCUUUGUGACCUUUACGAGACCCUCGCCAUCACCCAGAGUGUCAUCUUCGUCAACACCCGCCGCAAGGUUGACUGGCUCACCGACAAGAUGCGGGCCCGCGACCACACAGUCUCAGCCACUCACGGUGACAUGGACCAGAACACUCGUGACAUCAUCAUGCGCGAGUUUCGUUCGGGUUCUUCCAGGGUUCUCAUCACCACCGAUUUGUUGGCUCGUGGUAUUGAUGUUCAGCAAGUUUCGCUCGUGAUUAACUAUGAUCUCCCGACCCAACCGGAGAACUAUCUUCACCGUAUCGGGCGAAGUGGAAGGUUCGGGAGAAAGGGUGUGGCGAUAAAUUUCGUGACCAAGGAUGAUGAUCGCAUGCUUUUUGAUAUUCAGAAGUUUUAUAAUGUCGUGGUUGAGGAGCUGCCGGCCAAUGUGGCGGAUUUGCUUUGA